AUGGAAACAUCAAAGUACAUCAAUGAAGAGUUGGUACACAAAGUCCUAAGUAAAAUGCAAGGUACUAAUGAAGUUUUUUACAGUGAUAAAAUCCAAUAUACUCACUCUACAUUUGAAGAAGGCUUGCUUUGCAGAUCUCAUUUUGUAAUCAAAGUGACAAAUCAAAUGAAAGAUAAAAACGAUUAUCUAACUAGGGAAGUUGUUGAAGAAUUGCUCGAUUUCUUGCCAUUCAGAGCAUGCGAUGGAUUUGAAAAUUUUAGACCCAAAAUUACUCUAAAGUUAAGCAUAUAAUUUGUGAACAAAGUGCCUGUAGGAGAUUAGGUGAUAUUCUAAAGUGAUGUUUAAAAGGUUGGUAAGUAGAAUGGAGCUCUUGGGGGUAAGAUGAUUGAUCCAGUUUCAAAUUUAGUUAUUGCUUAAUGUUAAAGUGUAUUCAUUUAUGCUGAUGAAUUGCUGGCAAAGUUAUGA